ACAUUGUCCAGUGUUAGAGAUGUUGAGAAAGACAUAAGUGGAUUGGUUGAGAGAGGAGCAGAUCAGAAAGCAGAGAAAAUAACUCUGGCACAUAAUUUUUUAACACUACACUUAAUAUUGGAACAGGUGAAGCCAAAUUCAAAGAAGAGCAGCAAUGGAUAUCAACAAGUUGGGGUGGAAUGUUAUGGAGGAGGAAUCUGGGCCACUUGGUUUGACAGGGAUUUGAAAUUGGCUGGCAGAAUUAUGAUUAAGAAAGGUGAUAAAUUGCAGCACCAUUUAGUUCACAUUGACAGACCAAUCAUGCGUAUUCCACAUCUGGCAAUUCAUCUGCAGCGUGACAUCAAUGACAAGUUCUCACCAAAUAAAGAAACUCACAUAGCACCUAUUUUAUCAACUUGUGUAUAUGAAAGUUUGUUGAAUAAUUCAGCCAUUGAAGAUGACAUCAGUGACACAGAACCCAAGGAAAAAAAAUGUAGGAGCAAUUCUCAUCAGUCAACUCUAAUCAAACUCUUAACAGAUGAGUUGAAAUGUGAACAAGAACAAAUCAUGGACUUUGACUUGCACCUGGCUGACAGCCAGCCUGCUGUGGUGAAGCUGUUUGCUAAUGCAUCUCAAUUCAUGCAGCGAGAGGGUCUACUGGGCCUUAUUCAAUCUCUGGAAGGUCCAUCUUUGGCAUCAGAUCCCAACAUCCGAAUAAUAACUUUGUAUGACAAUGAAGAGGUUGGCUCUGGGAGUGCCCAAGGAGCAGAGUCAAUGCUCACAGAGCACAUUCUGCGUCGUUUGUCAGCAGGUGGGACAGCUACAAGUUUUGAAGAAGCAAUACCUAAGUCAUUUCUUCUCAGUGCUGACCAAGCCCAUGCAGUACAUCCAAACUAUUCAGAAAAACAUGAAGAGAACCAUAAACCUGCUCUCCACAAGGGUCCAGUAAUUAAAAUUAACAGUAACCAACGAUAUGCAACAACAGCCCUGUCCUCAAGCAUUUUAAGGGUGAUUGCAGAGAAGAGUGAGGUUCCACUGCAGGAAGUGUGUGUGCGUAAUGAUUCUCCAUGUGGAACCACUAUAGGCCCCAUCCUGUCUGCCAAGCUUGGUUUAUUAACCUUAGGUAAUUGAAUUUAGUUG